GAAACUAGGAAGAAACUUGAAGCUGUUGUGGCUUCCCUGCAACCUGUGUUCGCUGCUCCUGUACCCCGUGGCCCGGGACGCGCCGAGCCGUCGGGAGCCCUGGCCAUGGGGCUGUCCGGCCCGUCGGCAGCGUGAGGCGCGGGGCCUCCCGUGGGCUCCCCUGACAGGCGGCGGCGGGCGGGCGGGCGGGAGGCGUCGUUCCAGCCGCGGUCGUGGGCGCCGCCGCCGGCCCGGGCUGCGGGCAUCAUGAACAUAGACGUGGAGUUCCACAUCCGGCACAACUACCCCUGGAGCAAGUUGCCGGCCAACGUGAAGCAGCAGCCACCAGUGGUUCCAGGCAUUUGCCAGUUUAUGUAGAUGGGUGUUUCAUCUGUUUUGCGGGAAGAUUGCCUUGGGCAGAGGAUGUGUAUGGGCAUUUACCUUGGCUUUCCAAAACCUAUGAAGUCUUGGAAAUGCGCAGAGAGAAUACGAAAAGCAGGUUGUCCUGUACAGUAUCCGCAAUCAGCUGCGGUACAGAAAUAACCUGGUUAAACACAUCAAGAGAGAUGAGCGCAAAUACUAUGAGGAGCUACUAAAGUAUAGUCGAGACCAUCUCAUGCUGUACCCUUACCAUUUAUCGGAUAUUAUGGUCAAGGGCCUGAGGAUAACACCAUUUUCCUAUUACAUUGGGAUUAUGGAGGACAUUAUGAACAGUGAGAAAAGUUAUGAUUCACUGCCCAAUUUUACUGCUGCUGACUGUCUAAGGCUUCUUGGCAUAGGAAGGAACCAGUACAUUGACCUAAUGAAUCAGUGCAGGUCGUCAAAAAAAUUUUUCAGAAGGAAAACAGCCCGUGAUCUUCUCCCAGUGAAGCCGGUGGACAUCGCCAUAGAGGCAUGGUGGGUGGUGCAGGCUGGAUAUAUCAUGGAAGAUGACAUAAAGAUAUGCACUUUGUCUGAGAAGUUCGCUAUUGAUAAGAUCAUCGAUGCAGGCCCUCAGCUCGCUGGAUCACUAGAUUACAAUGUAGUACAUAGUUUAUAUAACAAAGGGUUUAUUUAUCUGGAUGUACCAAUAUCCGAUGACAGUUGUAUAGCAGUUCCUCCUCUUGAAGGUUUUGUAAUGAAUCGAGUACAAGGUGAUUAUUUUGAAACUCUACUCUAUAAGAUAUUUGUGUCAAUAGAUGAGCAUACUAAUGUUGCAGAGCUUGCAAACGUGCUUGAGAUAGACCUAUCCCUUGUUAAGAAUGCUGUGUCAAUGUACUGCCGAUUGGGCUUUGCCCAUAAGAAGGGACAAGUGAUAAACUUGGAUCAACUUCAUUCAUCAUGGAAAAAUGUUCCAUCCAUAAACAGAUUAAAGAGCACUUUAGAUCCACAGAAGAUGCUGCUGUCGUGGGACGGCGGGGAAAGCAGGAGUCCUGUGCAAGAGGCCUCGUCCGCCACUGACACCGACACCAACAGUCAAGAAGACGCAGCUGACACGGCCAGUGUAAGCAGUUUGAGUUUGUCUACAGGAUAUACAAAGCGUAUAGCGUUUCUGUUUGAUUCCACUCUCACUGCCUUUUUAAUGAUGGGAAACCUUUCACCAAACCUGAAGAGCCACGCAGUCACAAUGUUCGAAGUUGGCAAACUCUCAGAUGAGUCUCUGGACAGCUUCCUUGUAGAACUAGAAAAGGUUCAGAGCACUGGUGAAGGAGAAGCACAGAGAUACUUUGACCACGCACUCACUCUGAGAAACACGAUACUUUUUCUUCGUCAUAAUAAAGAUUUAGUUGCACAGACUGCACAGCCAGACCAGCCCAAUUAUGGUUUUCCUCUGGAUCUCUUACGCUGUGAAAGCCUUCUUGGUUUGGACCCUGCGACUUGCAGCAGAGUUCUAAACAAGAACUACACACUGCUCGUGUCCAUGGCUCCUCUCACCAAUGAGAUCCGGCCUGUCAGCAGCUGCACCCCUCAGCAUAUUGGACCAGCUAUCCCAGAGGUCAGCUCUGUCUGGUUUAAACUGUACAUUUACCACAUCACCGGGCAGGGACCACCAUCCCUUUUACUGUCCAAAGGUACCAGGCUCCGAAAACUGCCAGAUAUAUUCCAGGGUUAUGAUCGAUUACUAAUAACGUCUUGGGGCCACGAUCCUGGGGUGGUUCCUACAUCCAACGUGCUCACGAUGUUGAAUGAUGCUUUAACGCACUCGGCGGUUUUGAUUCAGGGACAUGGCUUGCACGGGACAGGAGAGACGGUCCACAUCCCGUUUCCGUUUGAUGACACGGAACUCCAAGGAGAGUUCAGCCGUGCCAACAUGGGGGUGCACAAGGCGCUGCAGGUGCUGAGGGGCAGAGUGGACGUGCGGCAUUUCUGCGGGUACAUCACCAUGCUGAAUGCCUCGAGCCGCCUCGCAAGCAGGAAGCUCAGCGAUGCUUCUGAUGAGAGAGGUGAACCUGACCUGGCCUCUGGCUCGGAUGUGAAUGGAAGUACAGAGUCGUUUGAGAUGGUCAUCGAGGAAGCAGCUUUAGAUUCAGCUAAGCAGAACUCCGUUGCCACAGCAGAAGCAGAUUGGGUUCCUCUCGAGCUGUGCUUUGGAAUUCCACUGUUCAGUUCUGAAUUAAACCGGAAAGUGUGUAGAAAAAUCGCUACCCAUGGCCUUUGCAGGAAAGAGAGCCUUCAGAACCUCUUACAUUCCAGUAGAAAGCUCGCUCUGCAUGUCCUUAACUUUGUUCACUCAUUCCAGGAGGGUGCUUCGACGCCGGACGUUCACGCAGAGGCCAGCUUCCCGAGUUUGCUCUCCCAGCCCUCCUGCGCUGACCUGGGAGUCCCGCUUCCCGCCAAGAACUUGAUAUUCAAGGACGGCACCUUGUCCGAGUGGAGUGGACGCUCACCUUCCGCACUUCACGCUGCUGAUCUCCACGUGCAGUGAUUUGGUCCCACCAUUCGUUGCCGCUCACACUUCCUGCCUUUUUUCUUUCUCAGCGUUAGCUCCGUAGUGCCAGCCGCUGAAAAGCAUCUCGCUGCCGCCGUGCGAUCCGUGCUCGCGUGGUGUCCAGGUUCCGGAACACGCCCGUGUUUCCUGAAGGCUUCCUCGUCAUGCACCUCCUCAUGCGACGAAAAGCUUUUUAGCAGCCUGCACUGUAUUUUUUACCUUGAGACAAUCGACAUUUCUUUUAUAAAACUGAAGAUAUACUUUAUAGGCUUUAUGAUGACUGUUAUGUUUAUAAGCAGUCACUAUGAAUAUUGCAACGGUAAUUUUGUAUGUUAGUUUAUCGAACAUAAUCUUGUUUAAUUUUAUAUUUUGUUACCUACUCUUUAGGGGAUCAUGGGGAGAGGUGGAACUCUUCCUUUUCAAAGGCUUCUUGGCACUUAAAGUAGCAAAACCAUAAGGCGGUGAACAGCCAACAUCGAGAGGGGACGUGAUGGGGCAUUGCGGUUCCCGUGGCUGUCUGGAAGCGGUGCGUGCGGCGGACUUGGGCGGAGGUGUGUGCGUCCGCACAGUCGUGCACAGCUUCACCUGGACCUACACGGGCUUAGCUCCGCCUCUGCGUUGGCAUCUCAUGAGAAGCUUGGGAAGACAUUCUAUUUUUAAACAAUGUUUCUAUGUGGACUUCUGUCAUCACUCUCUUCGGGCUUUAUAUUUUGAUAGAGUCUCUCUGGAUAAAUAGAAUUUAUUUUCCAUUCUUGUAGCUGUGGCUGCUGCAUAUUUUCACUGUGAUUUAUUUUUUGUUUCGUUAAUUUUACCAAUGAAUUGGUAUGAAAUUGAAUUUGAUAGUCUCUAACCAAGGUUUGCGAUUUUAGAUUAGAAUUAUAUAAUAGAAUCAUUAAGGCUAUGUCUUCUGAUCACAAUACUUUAGUGAAAAGCCUACUUUGAAGACAUAUUCUUAGGCAAUUUGGAUCUUAAAUUUAUGUGAAUAGUUUGGGAGGAAAUGAUAAAAAAUGAGUAAUUUCAAAAUGUUUUUGGAGUUACUGAUUCUUUUAGUGUCUCAAAUGUCAAUUAGAGUAACUGGAAUCACUUUUUAGAUUUUUCAAGUUACCUUGGGAAGUGUGUGCAGUGUUACAGAUUAGUUUAGCUGUUCUCAUAGGGUAACGAUAAUGGUUUGCUAGCUUAAAGCUGUAACCAAACUAAUUGGUCAAACAACUUACAUCUAAAACACUUAAAGCAUUAGAAAAUUUGGGAAUGUUAAACCUAAACAUUUUUUUGCUGAUAGUUUUUGUUAUUUAUAGAGCUGAUAUCUGUGGAUUUUAACAUACUUCUGGAAAUACAUGCCUUUUAGAAACUGUUCACGUAGCUGCGUGCUCAGUGGCAUGGCCCGCCUGUGGAGCUGGGCGGUCUGGCGCAGGCUGACCGGGGCGCGGGCCGUGCUGUGUUUAAGGGAAACGCAGUCAGCGUUUCAUUUUCUACUUUCUCUUCUAUGUGGUAGAGACCAGUGUAUGUUAUAAAUGUUUGUCUAUAAGAGGAAAUAUACAUACUGAUAUUAAAAUAAUUUCUAUGACUGUGAAUCACUCAUUUAUUUUUUCCAAUAAUUGACAUUGUACAUUCCUAGUGCUGUUAGGUAUGUAUGUGACUUUUACAGAUUUUCAGUUGGAAGCUGUAUUUCAUUUGAUCAGGGCUCUUUAAUCUCAUUUUCAUUUGCUUUGUUUGGAUUAACUGGUCAUUUUAUUUAUUCCUGUAUUACCGAUCUCAGCUUCCUGUAGUGACAUAUACACUAAUGAUGAAUCAGACAUUUGUGGUCGUUGGCAGGGAACCCGGUUGCUGGUGAAUUUAAAACUUACAUGUGAUGUGAUUUGCUGCUGCAUUGCCCUUGAGAGAUGAUGGAGGAAGGAGGAGAACCUAGUCAUGAUCAUGGAUUUUAGGGAAAGGACCGACAGAGCAUGCGGCCAGCUCUGGUUUCUCCCGCAGGUGAGGAAAGCGACUGAGUCCCGGCCAAGGACCCCUCACCAUUAAGGGGGUCGUCUGCAUUUGGAGGGCUCUCAGCAAGAUGCGAAGGCCGCUUCGUGCUUUGUCUGUGAAUUUGGCUUUGUUUCUUUCACGUGUCACCUCAUGUAAGGAUGCAUCUCUUAAAUCUUACGUAGGUGUUGAUCCGUUUCAACAAAAAAGUAAAUUUAAAACAUAGCCUUUAUUAUUUGCCAAAGAUGAUUCGUGAAAUAAUUUUCAUCUAAUUUUUCUGCAGAUGCUAAAUUUCAUUAGCUUUGGCUACCUCCCAUUUCUUUCCCCCCUUCAUGUAGCUUCAAUCGUAGCAGACAUUCCUUAGAAACCAAGAGGAAAAAGAUACCAAAAAGGACAUAGAUUAGAAUUUAGUGGGAUACACUUUCACUCUCACGUGGGCCUGCAGAACUGCAACUCUGUGUCAUUAAACACAAUUAUCAUCUGAUUUCCUUGAUUUCUUUCUCUUCAAACAUGUAAUCAGAUGGUUUUGUAUUAAGUAUUCGUUUCUUUUAUUGGAUGUUUCAGUUUUCUCUGCCAUUCAUCUUUCCCUUUUAUGUUCAGUGUUUCAAAUACAUUUGUAUUUAAAGACUAAAGUACCAAAACUGUAACUAAGUACAGUGGACCGUUUUCUGGUAUGAUGUUAAUAUUAUACAAUGAAAUGUAUAAAGUGUUGUCAAUUUGAUUAUUGACUCAUAAUAUGUUUACAAAUAAACUGUGGUGUUGAUCAAGUUAUUGAGGAAAUGUGUAUCAUCUUCUGUGAGUUCCUUCCUUAACUUUCAGUACACCGUGCCGUACAGUCGAGAGGUGUUCCUUCCCUGUGCCUUGCCUGAGCCGCCCCGCGUGUUAGCACCUUUCGUGAGCACUGGCACGUCUGUCCACACUCAGAAAUUAACACCGAUGCAGCAUUGUUGACUAAACUACAGGCUUGAUUUGGUUUUCACCCAUUUGUCCACUAAUGCUCUUCUCCUGUUCCAGGACCCAGUCCAGGAUACCACGCUGUGUUCAUUUAAUCACUGACGCCUCUUUAACCUCCUCCAGUCUGUGACAGUUUCUCAGUCUUCCAUGACCUUGGCACUCUGAAGGGUACGGCUUGGUUAUCUAUCUGUAGGGUGUCCCUCCGUGUGGGCUUGUCUGAAUUUUUCCCGUGAUUAGAUCUGAGGUGAUGCUCUGCAAGGAAGAAUAGCCCCGAGGUGUGGUGUGUGUGAGUGCCCUUCCCUACGGUAGCACGUCGUGGGGUGCAUCCCGGGUAUGGGAUGUCAACGGUGUUGCAGGGGGUGGUCCUCCUUUGAUUUAAGGUGGUGUCUGCCAGCUUUUUUCCACAGUAAAGUGACUAUUCUUCCACUUUCCAUACUUGUUCUUUGGAAGUGAACCUCUGACUCUAGCCCACUCUCAAGGGGAGGGGGCAAUAUUAUAUAUAAUUGAGACUUUUUCUUGAAAGUUUCUUUCUUUCUCCUGUUUAUUUGAGCAUUUAUUUAUAUUAGUAUGCGAUCCUGGCUAUUUAUUUUAUACUUUAGGUUAAAAUCCAAAUCUGUUAUUAUUUUGUUGCGCAAAUAGUUUCAGCUUUGGUUAUUGCAAACACUUUCCGAUCCAUUCCUAAUUUCUUUCGGCAUACCCUCAUCUGUUGUGUUUAAGGCCAUAUUAUUAUUUUGUAGCACUACAAGUAUUAUCUGGCCAUCCGCCCAGGAACAAGCUAUUUCUUCUAGAAACCCUGGUCCUUUUUAUUGGGGAAUGGUAUUUAGAAACCAGAAUCUGGGCACUGGUUGUGCUUGUUGCUCCUGCUUUCACUCCUCUCCCGUGAAACAAACUAAGAGAUGUAAACGUGUACUAACCAAUGCGUAGGCACCUCUCUAUAUUAUUUCUAGAUCUGUCUAUCCAUCUAAAGGUAAACUGACUCUCAUCCAGCACCACAAGGUUCAUUCUAGUUUGCCUCUUUGCUUAUUUGUAACUUCGUUCUUUCUCUGCUAGUGAGAAACCCAGCUCCUUUUAGCUGCAACUUACUUGCUUAUUUGUUCAGCCCCAGAACACUUACAGAGUGGUUUCAGAGUAGUUAAGUGCCCCUGUGAUAAACAAACUGACUGACUCGAGUAUAGCGUUAAAGUACAUUUUUGUAUCUUUAGCCCUAUACUAUCUCCUCAAAACACCAUUUUCCAAGUAACUCCAUUCAGCUUCUUUUACCCCCACUCCCUUCGUUGAGGAUAUGUGACACAUUCUGCAGAAUAUGCAUUUGUCACACUCUGCCUUCCGUCUGUGAUCUCUCGACAUCCGGCUGCUUUUUUCAGACAGCAGCAUUCACUCCGUUCCGGCUCCAACAAAGGUGCUGGCUGUCUCGGUGCUCACAGAACAGUUCCAUCCCCCUAAACAGUCCCCUUGGUGCUCAGCUCCCCACCCCGGCAGCUACAUUUUCCAUUCCUAGUUCUUCUCUUUUUUCCAGAAUGCCAUAUAAGGGGUGGAAGUGUACAAUUUUAGUCUUUUGAGUCUGUCCUCUCUUGCAUACCAAAAUACAUUUUAAAUUCAUCCACAUCGUGUGAAUCAGCAGCUCAUUCCUUUCCAUUGCUGAGUACUUCAUUGUAUGGCUAUAUUAAGGCUUGGUUAUCAUUUCACAUUCAUGUAUAGGUUUUUAAUGUAAACAUAAUUUGUUUUGCUUAGGUAAUUACCUAGGGGUGGAUGGGGUUGCUGAGUCUUUUGGUAAUGGGAUAUUUUACAAGGAGCCACCAAACUGUCUUCCAGAAUGACUGUGCCAUUUCACGCUCCUGUGGCAGUGGUAUCGUGUGGUUGGAAUGUUCAUUUCUGCCAUGACAAUGAUUCUGACCCUCUUCCUAUGUGCUGAUUUGCCAUCCAGAUACCUUCUUGCGUGAAGUGUGUGUUCAGAUGUGUUGCCUAUAUGGAAAAAAAAUGAAUUUUAUUGUUGAGUUUUAAGAGUUCAGUAUAGGUUCUGCCCUGAAUGACAUGGUUCACUUGGUUGGGACAUCACCCGGUAAACCAAAACAUCGCGGGUUCGAUUCCCACUCAGGGCACAUGCCUAGAUUGUGGAUUUGGUCCCCUGGUUGGGGAGUAUACCAGAGGUACCUGUUCAGGGCGUGUAUGAGAGGCAGCCGAUGGAUGUUUCUCCCUCUCUUCCUUCCCCUCUCUCAAAAAAAAAAAAAAAAGCAUGUCCUCAGGUAAGUAUUAAAAAAAGUUCAGUAUAGGUUCUGAAUAUAAGACCUUUAUCAUAGAUGUGUUUUGCAGACUUUUCUCCCAGUCUGGCACUCCACAGUAUCUUCUAUAGAACAAAAGGCUUUAAUUUUAACGCAGUUUAGUUUGUUUUCUUCUUGAACGAACCGUGCUUCUGAUUCUGUGCUAUAGCAGCGCAUCCCCGAACCCAGGGCCCUGCAGAUUCUCCCUGUUCUCAUCUGGAAGUGCUGCAGGUUUGUGUGUAGGUCUUCCAUCCGUUUUGAGCUCAUUUUAAUGUAUGUUGUAUGUGUCAAGGUUGGUUUUGGCACGUGGCCAAACAAGUUGGUAACGCACCUUUCUGGAAAAGGCCGUCCUUUCUCCAUCAGAUUGCCAGUACACUUUUCCCGGAAAUCUCCUGAUGGCAGAGUGGAUGGGGGGUUGCCUCAACGGAAAUGGAAUGACUCCAGUGGCCGUAAAGCAUUUUUUGGGGUACUGGAAAUGUUCCACAAUUGGACUGUGGUGAUGACUGUACAACUCUUAAGUUUAUAAAAAAAAUUAUUGCAUUGUAUACUUAAAUGAAUUUUAUCUUGUGUAAAUUAUACUUCAAUAAAGCUGUUUUAAAAACUCA